GUAGUAUGGGCCAAGACGGCCGGGACCAUACUACGUAUGUAAUAGCUGCUGGAAUGUUUAUCGUCAGGGCAUAUACAAAGCUCUCUACGCCAUACCCCAACCACUGCAUCGCUAUGAUGACUCCGGUCAGCGGGGAAAGGGUCGAGAGGACUAAAAAAAGAGAAACAAACAAGAUAUCAUGACCCCCACGACACUUCGUUCCUGACGAGAAGUCAUCGUGAUGGAUGAAUAAUUUAGUCUUUCGUCGUAAUCAUACGAGCUGAGCAACAAUCAUGGCUGACGCAGUGCCCAACCCGCCACCGCAGAGUGACGAACAGCCAGACUCCCCUUCGUCCGCGGCGUCGGGAAGCGCGAGCAGCACCGAGAGGACCCUCGUCGUCCGCUCUCAGACCCAGAAUACUGGGUUUUUCUCCAGAUUCCGCUACCACCUCUUCGCGGCCGGAUUUGCUAUCAUGCUUGGCCCCUUUGCCUUCCUCUGGCCGGGCCAAUCGCCCAUAGACCCGACGAACUACGUGGAGCGCACGAGGAGGGUGCUGAAGACGACGCCCUUGAUUGACGGCCACAACGAUCUCCCCUGGCAAUUGCGCAUAGAAUUACACAAUCGUAUCUACGAUAGUCGGGUCGACCUCACGAAGAGGCUUCUGGGACAUACCGACCUCCGGAGGAUGAGAACCGGGAUGGUGGGAGGCCAGUUCUGGAGCGUGUACGUAGACUGCGACACGCGCCAGCAGCACUUCGAAGAUCCGUCCUGGAUUGUAAGAGACACGCUGGAACAGAUUGAUGUCACACGGCGCUUCAUCGACGAGCAUCCGCAGCAGCUCCAGUACUGCGACGCCGCCGCCUGCGCCCGGAAAGCCUUCAAAUCGGGGCGCAUCUCGAGCAUGAUUGGUAUCGAGGGCGGCCACCAGGUCGGGGGAAGCAUCGCUAGCAUACGGCAGAUGUAUAACCUCGGUGCCCGCUAUAUCACCCUCACCCAUAACUGCGAUAACUCCUUCGGGACCUCGGCCUCUACCGUCGCCGCGGGGGGCCCGGACGGUGGCUUGUACAAACUCGGGUACGAAGCGAUCCGGGAGAUGAACCGGCUGGGCAUGAUGGUAGAUCUGUCGCACGUUUCACACCAGACGAUGCGCGACGUAUUAAGCGUGGCUCGCGCCCCCGUUAUCUUCUCGCACUCGGGCGCGUAUAGCGUCGAGCCGCACCUGCGCAACGUACCGGACGACGUACUGCGCACGGUUAAGCGGAACGGGGGCAUCGUGAUGGCGGUAUUCGUAAACCGGUUCUUGAAGAUGAAGGACCCGGACCAGGCGACGAUCCACGACGUCGUCGACCACGUCUUCCACAUCGCCGAGGUCUGCGGGUGGGAGUGCGUCGGCGUCGGCAGCGACUUCUCGGGCACGCCGUACGUCCCGAUCGGCCUCGAGGACGUGUCCAAGUUCCCGGACCUCGUCCAGCUGCUAAUGGAGCGCGGCGCCACCGACGAGCAGGUCCGCCUGUUCGCCGGCGAGAACAUCCUGCGCGUCUGGUCCGAUAUCGAGAAGCGGGCCCGCGAGCUGCAGGCCGCCGGAGAGAAGCCGGUCGAAGAAGAGUUCGAGGGCAGGAGUUGGCACAAGGGGCUGAAGGAUUCUCCCUGGAUGUUGAGGGGGAGCCGACAGAAAGCCAUCGAGGCCGGUGCCGUGGAUAAGCCGUACAUGUUCAACGUUGACAGCGAAGGGAAGCACAACCCAGCGGUUAAGAAUGUAUGAUUCUAGCUGAAUUUACGUUUACGAUUAGAAUAGAUACCUCAUCCAGACCCGGGGGAGUGAUGUCAUAAUAUCAAUGAGUUCACAAAGCACACAUUCUUGU